CCCCGGCGGCGCGCCGGGCAGCGCUUCGGGGGCGGCGGCAGCGAAGGCGGCGGCGGCAGCGGUUGCUGCAGCCCCACACUCAACCGCCAAGCUGGACGAGCGACGGAAGCCGGACCCCAGGAGGAUGGAGGAUGAAGCUGUCCUGGACAGAGGGGCUUCCUUCCUUAAGCACGUGUGUGAUGAAGAAGAAGUAGAAGGCCACCAUACCAUCUACAUUGGGGUCCAUGUGCCAAAGAGCUACCGGAGAAGGAGACGUCACAAGAGAAAGACAGGCCACCGAGAAAAGAAGGAAAAGGAGAGAAUCUCUGAGAACUAUUCUGACAAGUCAGAUGUGGAGAAUGCGGAUGAGUCCAGCAGCAGCAUCCUGAAACCUCUCAUCUCUCCUGCCGCAGAACGCAUCCGAUUCAUCUUGGGCGAGGAGGAUGACAGCCCAGCACCCCCUCAGCUCUUCACGGAACUGGAUGAGCUGCUGGCCGUGGAUGGGCAAGAAAUGGAGUGGAAGGAGACGGCGAGGUGGAUUAAGUUUGAAGAAAAAGUGGAACAGGGUGGAGAGAGAUGGAGCAAACCCCACGUGGCCACCUUGUCCCUUCACAGCUUAUUUGAGCUGAGGACCUGUAUGGAGAAAGGAUCCAUCAUGCUGGACAGGGAAGCUUCGUCUCUCCCACAGUUGGUGGAAAUGAUUGUUGACCAUCAGAUUGAGACAGGCCUAUUGAAACCUGACCUUAAGGAUAAGGUGACCUAUACUUUGCUCCGGAAGCACCGGCAUCAAACCAAGAAAUCCAACCUUCGAUCCCUGGCUGACAUUGGGAAGACCGUCUCCAGUGCAAGUAGGAUGUUUACCAACCCUGAUAAUGGUAGCCCAGCCAUGACCCACAGGAAUCUGACUUCUUCCAGCCUGAAUGACAUCUCCGAUAAACCAGAGAAGGACCAGCUGAAGAAUAAGUUCAUGAAAAAACUGCCACGUGAUGCAGAAGCUUCCAACGUGCUUGUUGGCGAGGUAGACUUCUUGGAUUCUCCUUUCAUUGCUUUUGUUCGGCUGCAGCAAGCAGUCAUGCUGGGUGCCCUGACUGAGGUCCCUGUGCCCACAAGGUUCUUAUUCAUUCUCUUAGGUCCUAAGGGGAAAGCCAAGUCUUACCAUGAGAUUGGCAGAGCCAUUGCCACGUUGAUGUCUGAUGAGGUGUUCCAUGACAUUGCUUAUAAAGCAAAAGAUAGGCAGGACCUGAUUGCUGGCAUAGAUGAGUUCCUAGACGAAGUCAUUGUCCUUCCACCUGGCGAGUGGGAUCCAGCGAUCAGGAUAGAGCCUCCUAAGAGUCUUCCAUCGUCUGACAAAAGAAAGAAUAUGUACUCAGGUGGAGAGAAUGUUCAGAUGAAUGGGGACACGCCCCACGAUGGAGGCCAUGGAGGAGGAGGACAUGCAGAUUGUGAGGAAUUGCAGCGCACUGGAAGGUUCUGUGGUGGAUUAAUUAAGGACAUAAAGAGGAAAGCACCAUUUUUUGCCAGUGAUUUUUAUGAUGCUUUAAAUAUUCAGGCUCUUUCAGCAAUUCUCUUCAUUUAUCUGGCAACUGUAACUAAUGCCAUCACUUUUGGAGGACUGCUUGGGGAUGCCACUGACAACAUGCAGGGCGUGUUGGAGAGCUUCCUGGGCACCGCUGUCUCCGGAGCCAUCUUCUGCCUCUUUGCUGGUCAACCACUGACUAUUUUGAGCAGCACGGGACCUGUUCUCGUUUUUGAGAGGCUUCUAUUUAAUUUCAGCAAGGACCAUAAUUUUGACUAUUUGGAGUUUCGCCUUUGGAUUGGCCUCUGGUCAGCCUUUCUAUGUCUCAUUUUAGUAGCUACCGAUGCCAGCUUCCUGGUUCAGUACUUCACUCGCUUCACUGAAGAGGGCUUUUCUUCUCUGAUUAGCUUCAUUUUUAUCUAUGAUGCUUUCAAGAAGAUGAUCAAGCUAGCUGAUUACUACCCCAUCAACUCCAACUUCAAAGUGGGCUACAAUACUCAAUUUUCCUGUGUUUGUAUGCCGCCCGAACCAGUUAAUAUCUCAGUGUCUAAUGAUACUACAUUGGCUCUUGAAGAUUUGCCAACUGUUUCUUCUUCUGACAUGUACCAUAAUGCUACCUUUGACUGGGCAUUUCUGACGACAAAGGAGUGUUUGAAAUAUGGAGGAAAGCUUGUGGGCAACAACUGUGGUUUUGUUCCUGAUAUCACACUCAUGUCUUUCAUCCUCUUCUUGGGCACUUACACUUCUUCUAUGGCUUUGAAAAAAUUCAAAACCAGCCCUUACUUUCCAACCACGGCAAGAAAGCUCAUCAGUGACUUUGCCAUUAUCUUGUCCAUUCUCAUCUUUUGUGUAAUAGAUGCUCUAGUAGGUGUGGACACUCCAAAACUAAUUGUGCCAAGUGAGUUCAAGCCAACGAGUCCAAACCGAGGGUGGUUUGUUGCCCCCUUCGGCGGGAACCCCUGGUGGGUGUACCUUGCAGCUGCCAUACCUGCCUUGUUGGUCACCAUCCUGAUUUUCAUGGACCAGCAAAUCACAGCUGUGAUUGUGAACAGGAAAGAACACAAACUCAAGAAAGGAGCUGGCUAUCACCUGGAUCUCUUUUGGGUGGCUAUCCUCAUGGUGGUGUGCUCCUUCAUGGCCCUUCCGUGGUAUGUGGCUGCUACUGUCAUCUCCAUCGCUCACAUUGACAGUUUGAAGAUGGAGACAGAGACUUCUGCACCUGGAGAACAGCCCAAGUUCCUAGGAGUGAGGGAACAAAGAGUCACUGGAACCCUUGUGUUUAUUCUGACUGGUCUGUCAGUCUUUAUGGCUCCCAUCUUGAAGUUUAUUCCCAUGCCUGUUCUCUAUGGUGUGUUCCUGUAUAUGGGGGUAGCAUCUCUUAAUGGUGUGCAGUUCAUGGAUCGUCUGAAGCUGCUCCUGAUGCCUCUGAAGCAUCAGCCUGACUUCAUCUACCUGCGCCACGUGCCGCUGCGGCGAGUGCACUUGUUCACUUUCCUGCAGGUGCUCUGUCUAGCCUUGCUCUGGAUCCUCAAGUCCACCGUGGCUGCUAUCAUCUUUCCAGUCAUGAUCUUGGCACUUGUAGCUGUCAGAAAAGGCAUGGACUACCUCUUCUCCCAGCACGACCUCAGCUUCCUCGAUGAUGUCAUUCCAGAAAAGGAUAAGAAAAAGAAGGAGGAUGAGAAGAAAAAGAAAAAGAAGAAAGGAAGUCUGGACAGUGACAAUGAUGAUUCUGACUGCCCAUACUCAGAAAAAGUUCCAAGUAUUAAAAUUCCAAUGGACAUCAUGGAACAGCAACCUUUCCUAAGUGAUAGCAAACCUUCCGACAGAGAAAGAUCACCAACAUUCCUUGAACGCCAUACAUCAUGCUGAUAAAAUUCCUUUCCUCGGUAUGCCAAGUCCUCCUAGAACUCCAGUAAAAGUCGUGCCUCAAAUUAGAAUAGAACUUGAGCCUGAAGACAAUGAUUACUUCUGGAGGAGCAAGGGAACAGAAACUACAUUGUAACCUGUUUGUCUUUCUUAAAACUGACCGUUUUUGUUGUUUAUGUUCUCGUUUUUUGUCUGAUUAUUUUUUAAUUUUUGUUUUCUUUUGGUUUUUGGUCACUGGCCAAACACCACAGCUCCCUCUCUGCUUCUCUCUUGCAUAGGUUAAAAUCCAGACAGUAGUGCACCAUUCCUUAAAAACAACAGCUGAAGAACCCCUUUUUGUUCCUACACUUUCAGAUAUGUCCUCUGACAACCAAAUUCCUCUGUCACUCAAGACAUGCACAGACCCUGUCAUUUUCCUUUAUUGAGCAGAGGGCAAAAGCAUUAAGGAUUUUAUAACACCUUUUAUUAAAAUAUUGAAGGAACUUCCAACAUUAACUUUGGAGCUGUGCUUACCGGCUUGUGUUUCUGUCUGGUCGAACAAACCUUGACCUCCAGACAGUCCCUUCUUGCUUGUAUUGCUCUCCAGGACUGGAAAACGUGCUGCUAUUCUAACUUGCUCUUGCUUUUAAACCCUAAUCUUAGAAUUAUCAAAAGAAGGAAAACUAAAGGUACUUUAUUCCCAUUAGAGAAACUAUUGCCAUCAUUGUAGCAAGUGCUGGAAUGUCCCUUUUUUCCUAUGCAAACUUUUUUUAACCCUUUAAUGAACUUAUCUGUUGAGUACAUUGAAAAAUAUUUUUCUUCCUAGAUUUUGUUGUUUAAAUUAUGGGGCCUAACCUGCAACUUAUUUUUUGUCAAUUUUUUAAACUUUUUUUUAAUUACUGUAAAGAAAAUGAAUUUUUUCCUGCAGCAGGAAACAUAGUUUUGAGUAGUUCUACCUCUUAUUUGUAGCUGCCAGGCUUUCUGUAAAAAUUGUAUUGUAUAUAAUGUGAUUUUUACACACACACACACACACACACACACACACAUACACACACCAUCUCUAGGGUAUGCCUGAGGGCUAGAUUGGACUAAAAACACCAUGUUUCUGAGCAUCCAUUUUUCCCUUUCUUUAAGAGAAAUUUAACUGUUCUAUGAAGGAGAUUGAGGGAGGAGGGAGACGCUCCUUUGUAAUGGGAAUAACUGAUGUUUUGAUAAUAGUAUCCCGGCACAGAUGCUGAUGGUAUUACCAUGUCAGUGUCCUAUGCAGUAUUGUUAGACUUUUUUUCAUUUGGAAAAUAUUUGUGUGUUUGUGUAUGUGCUCUGUGUGUGGCUGGUGCACAUAUGUGCAAAGUUAGAACGAGACAGAGUUAUGGUAGGGAAAAGACAAAGUUACUAGCCUCUUGUGUCAGUUUUUAUAAAAUCCAAACCACUUAUGAAAAAUCUAUCAGAGGUCCAAGAGAUUUACCAUUAUGCAAAUGAGGGUAAAUAUAUUUUAUUACCCAGAUAGCAGUCACUAUCACUGAUACAGUAACCCUUAUUUACAAUACAAAAUCCAUAAGACUAUAUAAUAGACCAUUUACACAUUUAAAAAGUGUUUAUGGGAAUGCAGAUAGAUCUCAGAGGUAUUAUAUAUGUAUACAUUUUAACAAUACUCACAUUGUCUUUAAGAUUGAAAGGCAAUUAUUCUUUGUUAUUGGGGCGUUUAGAAUAUAUAUGUCUAUAUAUGUGUAUAUGUGUAUUUCAAAGUACCAUAUUGAAAAUUAGACAAAUGAAAAUUAGAUCUUUAACCAAAUUUAGCAUGUUAUCUAAAUGUAAUAUCUUAAUAGUCUGCAUUAUAUAUUAUGAAUUUGCAUUAAAAAUAGCAUUUUAAAUGGUGAAUCCAUAAUUUUGGAUUCCUAAAACCAUAUUUGUGAUGUAUCCUGACUAAGACAGGUUAUUGGAGGAGUACUAGAAGCAGAAUGAAACCACUUAUUUUGGUUUCAUAAUAUGUACAUAUUGACUCCCACUCAUUCUUAUAUUAAUUAAAUUAUAAUUCUGUCCUUUUGAAAUUUUCAUUAUAAAAAUUUUAUUGUCCUAAAUUAACUGUUAGUUUUAUAGUAUCUGAUAAUCUUAAAACUUUUAAUUUUAUACAAAAUAGACAUAAAUGACCUACAAUUUUUUCAUUAAAAUGAAGGUGGCAGAAUAAAUGUUAUUUGUUAAAAUCUCACGUGCCAAAUUUUGGCAUCAUGUUUGUAUUUAGAGCUGUCCUUAAAAUGAUGAUAUUAUCUUGUUUUUCAUUAUCCUAAUUUAAAACUGUAUGAAGCUUUUCUCUGUCUUUCUUAUGGGAGCAUUGAUAAAAUGUUUAGAUGCCAUGCAUAUUAAGAUUAGCCUAACCUAGGAUCUUGUUAAAUUAAAGACACAUUUGUUCACUUUUAUAUUCUAGAUAGAAUAAUUUAUAUUUCUGAUCAUGAAUCAAGUAUCUGAGGAUUCGUGUCCCUUUCUGUCCCUUUCAGAGAACUCCUGAAGCAACUAAACUCAGUAUUUCAGCCUUUGAGUAGAUAAAGCUACCUGUACCUUCAUUUAUUACCCAUAUUCUGUGACGGAAGGUUGAUACUCAUGAAUGCAGAGAAGCACCUUGUAUUUGCUAAAAGGAAUAGUUAGUAUCAAAUCUUUUCAAUAUUUUGGAACCUAGGGAAGUAUUUUAAAAAUCACUUACUUUCAGAGGAGCACAAGUAGUUACCAACCUAACAAACAAACCAACCCUGAGGUCCACACAGAGCUACCAAAUUAUCUGUAUUUUAACUGAACGUGGGCUUCCCUGGUAGCUCAGAUGGUAAAGAAUCUACCUGCAAUGCGGGAGACCUGGGUUCAGUCCCUAGGUUUGGAAGAUCCCCUGCCUGGAGAAGGGAAUGGCUGCCCACUCCCAGUAUUCUGGCCUGCAGAAUUCCAUGGACUGUAUAGUCCAUGGUGUUGCAAAGAGUCGGACACGACUGAGCAACUUACCCUUUCACUAACUGAAUGUACUAUCAAAGAACUAAAGCAGAUUUUGGGGUGGUUUUGUUUUUAUGUAAACUGGACACACAGAAUACAAUAGUAAAUUUGUUUUACCAAGUGUUUCUCCCUGAUGUAAACACAGAGAUAAAAGGUUUAUGUUGUUAGAAUAAAGGACUAAGGGUACAUGCAGAGUUGUUAAAAGUCCUAUGGUUGUACUGACUCAGUGUUGGAAGGAGAGCAUCUGCUUUAUCAGAGCAUGAAGACUUGCGGUCUUGCAUUGGAAAGAUGUUUUAGAGACACUGUUUUCCUGGAUAAAAUAUGUAUUUUAGUAGAUGUAGAUGUAUUUAGUAGAUGCAUUACAUCUACUAUGUAAAAUAAUGAUCAAGUUGGGAUCCUAAUUGUUUUGUGUGCCGUACUGGGUACAGUUCCUGCCUCUUUUUCCAGUCAGGCAGUGGAGUAGGGUAGGGGGGUGGAGGAAGUCAGAGAAGGAGGAAGACAAACCUUCUCUAGUCAGCCCCCAACCAAUUCAAAGAAUGGAGAGAAGAGAAACAAUUAUCUGCCAUCAGAAAUUCAGUUUGAAUGUAUUCUAUGCACAUGCACCAACACACACAGAGUAAAUCUUUAAUCAGCUAUAUAUUGGUGUUUAAAACAAAGAACGAUUGUCUUCCAAGUUUUUGGUUCUUUUUUAAAAAACUGUGUUAAGUACUUGAAAUGUGUUGACUGCUGACUAUCUUUCAAAAACAAAAACAAAACCGUUUGAGUUGUAUUACAGAGGUUGACAUUGUGCAGGGAUGGGACAAAGCUUUCUUCAAUCCUUUUCAUACCACUUCAUGAUUUUGGUGCAGGAACUUGAGAUGUUCUUGUUUAUUCCAUGAGAUUUCACAUCUACUCUUCACAGUAUGAGCAUGAAGCCCAGUGGCACCAAGUGGCUGAAUACAAUUGAAUGAUACUUUGCUUGGGCCUUGGGAGUUUUCAGAUGAUGAUUUCAUCGAGCUUCAUUGUAGCCUGAAAUAAAGAAGUUCUGUGAUAUAUGCUAACCAGUCAAGUUGCUUUUUGACCAGAAAUUUAGAUAUGUUCUAUUUUUUGGCUCUCAUUUUUUUGUGCUCUAUGGGUACAUACAAAAAUCCUGAAUUCUGUUUCUUAGGCAAAUAUUGCAACUCAGGGCUAAAGUCAUCCAGUGAAACUUUUAGAGCCAGAAGUAACUUUGUCCCAGUCCUACAAUGUGAAAAGAAUGAAUAGUUGCCUCUUUUUAGCCAUUUUCAUGGCUGGUACAUAUCCGUACACAUUACUUUUCAGAAUCAAUACGCACUUUCAGAUAUUCUUAUUUUUAUUCUCUUAAGUCUUUAUUAACUUUGGAGAAAUGAUGCAUCUUUUUAUUUUAAAUGAAGUAGAUCAACAUGGUGGAACAAUGAUAAAGAACAGAAAACAUUUCAAUAUAUUACUAAUAAUUUUUUUCCAAUAUAAAACCUAAAAUUCCUAUAACAUUAUAGUAUUUUACAGUUUUAUGAAGCUUUCUAUUGUGACUUUUAUGGAAUUAAGAGAUGAAGAAGAUGAGAUAUUUUAGCAUUUAUAUUUUUCAAAAUUAAAUGUAUACUUAAAAUAAAGUAACUUUAUGCAUU